GUUACUGGGCUCGAGACCUUGUUUCAACAAUGGAGAACAACCACUCUCUGAUGGAUGUGCUAAAUGAUAACUUCUAUCAAAACUACAUGGAUCAAAGAGCAGUACUCGAGAAGAAGAGAAUACUAUGUGAAGAAAAAGUCCUCAACAAUUCUUCUUCUGCAAAUGGUUUGUUUUGUCCAGUGAUAUGGGAUGGUGUUAUCUGCUGGCCGUCUGUUCCAGCAGGAACUUUUUAUGAAAUUAUUUGUCCAUCUUAUGUACACGGAUUUAAUACUGAUGCAUUUGCAAGCAAGUUUUGUACAAGCGACGGCAGCUGGUGGCUUAACGAAGAAUUCAACCAAACCUGGACUAACUACUCUCUCUGUAUUCUUGAAAAGCCAGUAGAUUUGACGAUCACUACGUAUAAUGGGGGAUUCUAUGUGCCACAUUUAACCACCAUCAAAUGGAUAUCCAAAAUCGGUUAUUCAGUGUCAUUCUCCACGUUGAUCGUCGCCCUUCUUAUAUUGGUGUUUCUGAGAAAGCUUCGCUGCCCCAGGAACAACCUUCAUAUGCAUCUUUUUAUGUCUUUCAUGAUGAGGGCGCUGAUGUUCUUGCUGAAAGAUGCUCUUUUUGUGGCCGGAAUGGGACUUCAAAGUAAUGUAGUUUUAUCAAAAGAUGGCCUCCCUGAAUUUCGGGAAACUAGAAACAAUAUUGAUUGCAAAGUAUUUAUAAGUUUCUGGCAUUAUUUUCUGAUGGCGAACUACUUUUGGAUUCUUAUGGAAGGCCUCUAUCUUCACAAUCUGAUAUUCUUAGCCAUGCUUACAGACACCAGUGGAAUUUUUCCCUACGUCAUCACAGGGUGGGGUCUCCCUGUUCUGUUUAUCGUUCCGUGGAUUAUUGUACGUGCACUGUUGGAAGAUAAAUUAUGUUGGACUACAAAUGAAAAUCCUGAUUAUUUUUGGAUUAUCAGAGCACCAAUCACAGUUUCAAUUAUUGUGAACUUCGUAUUUUUUAUUAACAUCACUCGUGUGUUGUUUCUGAAGAUGUUUGUUUCCCUGGCAAUGCAAGCCAGGAGAUAUAGAUAUAGGAAGUGGUUCCGUUCUACGUUAGUUCUGGUACCAUUAUUUGGUGUCCACUAUGCUGUAUUGUUAGGAAUGUCCUUCUUUAUUGGAGUGAACCAGAUCGUCGAGCUAACCUGGUUAUAUAUCGAUCUUUUAUUUUCCUCAUUCCAAGGAUGUUUUGUUGCUCUGUUGUACUGCUUCAGUAAUGGAGAGGUGAGUUCAUUUUGA